GCCCGACGUCCGGGGCCGGGGACACCCAGGCACGCGGUAAAGCGGCGUGCGGAGCUGGAAGCAGGCCUUCUGCGGGUGAAGGCCAAGACCUGGGGUCCCCCGGCCAGUAGGGGAGCGGCUGGGAAGGCCGCGGGCGCGGCGCCUUUAAGGCCCGACCGCCCAGUCAGGUGACCGGGCCGUCGCCUGGCAACGGGAAGCCGCGCGGACCCCCGAGCUCUCCCACCGACGCCGCGGAGGUCAGGCUCAUGUCCGACGCGAACCCCCGAGAGUGCGCGGAGGCCGCGGAGCCCCCGGCCCCGGAGGCCCCGGCCCCCGCGCCCCCGCAGAGAACCAGCGACUACUACCGCAUAGACGGGGAUCUGCCGGUCAGGUUCAACAACCCGGAGUGGUUUCGGGGCUACGGGACCAAGGAGCCUGUCUCCGUGUACAGGACCAGUAACCAAGCUUACGGGAGCAGGGCCCCCACCGUGCACGAGAUGCCGAAAGUAUUUUACCCAAAUUCGGGCAAGUUUUCCAGACAACUUGCGGCCGGUGGGAUGUUCCGGAACAAUACUUUCAACGUCUGCGUGGAGAAGAGCGUUGUGACGGGUCCCGACAACUACAUCACCUCCUACGACCGCUUCAACUUCCACCCCAGCUACAACGUCAACAGGCCCUCCAUCUGCGAUUGAGAGGUCAGGGGUCCCCUGACACCAGCAGCAAUGACCUGACACAUUGUCCCCCGUCUCCCGUAAUUUGCCCAAUCGUGAAGGUGCAGACUUCACUGCUUUCCCUGAAAAUGUUUGCUCUUUACGUUAGGAAAACAUGCGGACGGGGCAGUAACGUCCUACGUGCUCGUUUUACUUCUGAGCUGGGAAGGAUGUUAGUGGCUUGACUUUCCAUUAAAAAAGUCGCAGCAUCCUGAAUUCUGGACUCACCUGUAAUCAGGGAACAGGACCGUGGGCUUCCUGGGACCCAAGUUUUGGCCUGACACGAGGAAGGCCUGGGUAACCCCCACCCCCCUCCCCUGCCCCCCGUGUCUUUCUCGGCAGCCGUUUCACACUCCAGACAGAUCCCGGAGUGGGUUUCCUGUUCUAAAGCGCCUUGGUGGAAAUCAGGAGGGUGGGAUGCCCUGCCUGGAGGGAGGACAGGGGCCGUGCGGGGAAGAAGGGCAGGAACACAGCCCCCUGUCCCUGACGCAUGCUGGCCGGCGUGGAGUCCCCGGGGACAUCCUGCGGCUACCGAGAGGGGCAGGGCCGGGAGGCCAGAUCAGUGGAACGGGCCUGGCCAGCGCCUCUCGCGGUUGGAGGGGGUGAUGUGUCCGUGGGACUUCUCCCUUUGUGUUCACUUCCAAUGUUCAGUAAAACGUUAAGAAAAAACCCAGCAGGCAGGGAAUAACGCAUUUUCUGGGUGGGGCAGCAAUGACAGUGCGUGCACGUUGAUUUCUCUGCAGUCCUCGAUCGAUUGAGGUUUGCUAGGAUUCAUGAGGCCUUCAGUGAGGAGAGUUAUCUGUGCCAGUCGAUAUGUUUCAGACACAGACCUCCCCCUUCCUGUAUGAGAGCAGGACGCGUUCAUCAUGGGAAAUCCGGAAGGCACUUGCUCUAGACAGAGGCCACGGUUACGUUCCACGGAUGCUAUCUCCUUUACGAAAAUCGUGGUCCCGUCAGAGUGGGAAGGAAUGAAACGCCAUGACUGGUUGUUUCUUCAUUAAAACCUUUUUAUUAUUAACACACAGAAGUAGACAUUUUGGCCACAGGCUUAAUGUCCCAUUUGGAACGGAAAUGGUUUCCAGAGAAAGUCGAUAUUCUUAAUAAAAAGAUGCAUGGUCUGUGCGUUAUCUUUCUGAGCCGCAAAACCAGUGGGCUCUCCAGGCAUCAGGCCAAAAAUUACUUUCCACGACCCUUCACUAAAAAAUACCCAAAUCCUGGGGACGCUUCUGUGCUGAGCCUCUGUUGAAAUAAACACCAGACAAAGAA